AAACCAUUUGUCACAAUAAGUUAUUUGAUAUUGAUAUUGUCUUGCAGCUUUGAUAGAACCCUAUCCAUGUGCGACAAGCAGCCAGAUUAGCUGGAUACUGGCGGCAUUCCUAAUCACACUGGGCUGUUAUAGAAUGUCGCGGGUGAAAUUAAAGGUCGUUGCUCCACUUCCUGAUUUGCGUCAUGAAUGUGAACUCGUUUAUGACAGCCUGUCUAUCCGGUCGGCUUCAGCUUUGUUCAUAGCACAAGAUGUCACCUUGGCACUUUCAAAAAUGAUCGAGGUGACGAUUGGCAUGCGAGCACUUCAAGCUGCAGGGUCAUGCAAUGCCAUGACUAUUUCGGCUGCAACCCUGGCCGAUAUCUACGAUACUCAUGAGCAAGCCCGUCUCGAUGAUACCGUGAACAUGUUCACUUUCGGGCCUUCUUCAUCUUGA